GAAACGUCAAAGAAACGUCACCGUUCAAAAUGUUUGUAAUUUAAAACAAUGUAAAUAAAUUCGUAACUAUGAAAUUUACCUCUUACGCCAAAUUAGGAAUAGGUCUAUCGAUAACUUUGAUAAUUUUUUACUUCUAUAUGCUAAAACAGGUCAAUGUUCCUCAAGAAGAACCGAAAAAAGUUGUUAAAACUGCCAGGCAUGAGAUUUUUAAGAGGAGUGAUAUUGUUGUUGCCGUUGUAGCCUGCGGGGAUAGGCUUUAUGAGACUUUAAAUAUGCUUAAAUCCGCCCUAAUGUUUAGCAAACAAAAAUUGAAUUUUGUAGUUAUUGCUGAAGAUAAUUUAGUUGAGAAUUUUAACGAAAAGCUUGGAGAAUGGAAGGCUUUCACAAAUAAUGCCUUUAACUUUAAUGUAAUGCCUUUGACAUUUCCAGAGAAGGAUUCUUAUGAAUGGAGGAAAUUAUUUAAGCCUUGUGCAGCUCAAAGAUUAUUUUUACCUUCUUUGUUAAGUGAUGUAGACUCCAUACUAUACAUGGAUACAGACACAUUAUUUUUAACCCCUGUAGAAACAGUUUGGGAAUAUUUUAGCAAAAUGAAUGCAAGUCAAAUGGCAGCUUUGGCCCCAGAGCAUGAAGAUCCGCAUAUAGGAUGGUACAAUAGAUUUGCAAAACACCCAUAUUAUGGAGAGAUGGGAGUUAACUCUGGGGUUAUGUUGAUGAAUUUAACAAGGAUGAGAGCUUUUCAGUGGGAGACAUAUGUUGUGCCAAUAUACAAAAAAUACAAAUUGAAAAUUACUUGGGGCGAUCAGGAUAUUAUUAAUAUUAUUUUUCAUUAUCAUCCAGAUAAACUUCUUCUAUACACUUGCAGAUAUAAUUACAGACCAGAUCACUGUAUGUAUGUGAGUGUUUGUAAGCCAGCUGAAAAAUUUGGAGUUGCUGUAAUACACGGUUCUAGAGGGUUUUUCCAUUCAGAGAAACAACCGGUUUUUCAGGCCGUUUAUAAAGUUUUUGAAGAAUUUCAACUUGGCGGUGACAUUUACAAGGAUUUCUAUCAACCACUCGAAUUAAGUUUAGAACUUGCCCAAAACAGCAACUGCGGCCACAUGAAUCUUGCAAAUUGGUUUAACAGCGAUGUGGUUCAAAAAGAAACACAUACAGAACAAAACGUCGAUGAUUUUAAAGUAGAUAAAGAUAGCGGUUGGUUUAGGAUAAAAAGAAUUUUUGAAGUAGAUGAAUUCGGCGCUAUUAGUCCUGAAGCAAACUCUAUACUACAAGUAGGAGCUAUGAGUACUUUUGUGGGGGCCAUUUAUGGAGGUACAAUGAGUAGUCGGACAGCUUAUAUGGAUUUUAUGCAAAAUAAUCAAGCCACCGCUUUUAAAGACCACUAUGAGGCCAAAAAAAAAUUACAAGACAAAGUCACAUUAAGUUUUGGAAAAGGGGCUUUUAGAUGGGGCUGGAGGCUUACUUUGUUUAGUACCACAUUUGUUGGUGUUUCAACUGUUAUAUCAGCAUAUAGAGGAAAAAGUGGCAUUUUGGAGUAUGUGUUGGGAGGUGGUGCUAGCGGAGCCCUGUAUAAAUUUAACAUGGGGCCUAGAGGAUGGGUUAUAGGGGGAGGACUAGGAUCAGUAUUAGGUUUGGUAUGUGGUGGGGCAACUAUGGGGCUCUUAAAACUAACAGGUAUGUCAAUGGAAGAGGCUAGAUAUUGGCAGUAUUACUGGAAAGAAAAUAAGGACGAAUAUGUUAGAAAAGGCCUUAGAGAAUAUAUGGAAAGAGAUGAAAUGACAGUUAUAAAGCUUCAUAAUGUUGAAAUUGGGGACAAAGGAAGGGAUAUAUCAGCUAUAGAAACAAAUGAUGUCAAGAAAACCUAAUUGUUUGUUGUUUAUUAUUUUUUUGUGAUAUUAUUU